AUUUUUCCAUUCUUCUAGGCAUAUAUAUAAGGAAAUUCACUUAUAUAUAACAACCCAAAUUCUCUAACCGCUUCAAUUAGAUCUCCGAAUUCUAGAUUCCGAUCAAUCCAAAUCGGGGAAGUUGGUGCUUCAUAGAUUCGGCGCCGAGUCUGGUUUCCUCAAAGACGGUGUUGUGUCGUCGAUUCACGCCGCGAGUCUUCCUUCUUAGUUCUUCGCCGAUUCACGCCGCGAGUCUUUCUUUUGCUAAGACGUUCACCGAGUCUUCUUCUUAAGUUCAUUUGAAGAUUGAAUAUAACAGAGCAAUGGACGCUGAAAUUCUACAGUUUGUGAGAGUAUCAUCUGGGCUAUCGGUUAACCGACUGAACCAUCUGAUCAAUCUCAUCAAUGCGUGGUCAACGAACUGUCUUGAGUACGAUUGAUGGUGUGAUUGUGGAGGCUGUAUACAAAUGGGUUCCUGGUUCUCUUGGACUUGAAUUGGUUGGUGUUGGAGGUGGCGACGUUGGCGGAAAUAAUCAACAAGGCCUUCGUGGGAAUGAUCAGCAAGCCGUCCCAUCUGCCGUCGCUGGAGUUUCGGAUAGUGAAGAAGAUGAAGAACAUGAAGCUGGAGAUGACCAACAGAGUAGGAGAAAGCGAAAGAGAGAACAAAAGGAGAACAAGGGUCAGGAGGAAGAGAAGGAGAAGGAGAUGAAGAUUCAGAAAACCUGAUCACUCAGACCAAUGACUUGUUCUGACAGUCACUACAUGAUAAGAAGUAGUAGUGUUUUACUUGGAGUAUAGAAGAAUCCAUUGAGUUUAUUUUAGGGUUAAAAGAGUAUUCAAGUAGAUGUGAAAACUCUUGGUCAUCAA